GAGGUAGAGCUAGUUGCAAGAACGCUCGGGUCUCAAAGAGUUAAGUUGAAUAACAGGAUGUUAGUUUUGGACCUUGUCAUAUAAGGGCGAUGCUUUUUCUUCACGAGACACAACCCACAGUGAGACAUUCACAUGCAAACCAGGAGUCCGACCACAAUGGAGAUUGGUGACAUGAUUGAGAUCAACAGAGGUCAAUACAAACACUGGGCUCUGUACAUUGGACAUGGAAAUGUCAUCCAGUUGGUAACUCCAGAUGGACCUUCAAAAGUAGCUUUCUGCAGUUUUAGCUCAUCCAGCGGCAGUGUUGCCUGUAAAGGCACGAUUACAAUAGAGACAUUACAGGAUGUGACAGCAGGGAAUCCUUACAAAAUCAACAACUACCUGGAUGACGAGUACAAACCAAGGAGGACUGACGUCAUUAUGGGGGAUGUGGACAAAAUGAGAGGCAGCACAAUAAAAUAUGAUGUCCUUGGACGCAACUGCGAGCAUUUUGUUACUUUCCUCCGUUAUGGCAAAUCAAAGUCCCAACAGGCAGAUGACUUCCUGAAUAAUGUGUUAACUGCAGGUACUGCAGGCGUGCUUGGUGUACUGACUGCUGUUACGGCUUUUACAGCUGCUGCAGCAAGCACACUUAGUAAAUAAUUUCUUGGGUCAUUCAUGAGUCCAUGGAGAAUGUCAGUAAUACAAAAUGUUGUGUAUUGCCUAAUGAAUAAAGGACCAUCUCAAAGA